CUGGUUCUCUGUCGCGAUGGUUUGUGUGUGGAGAGAAAGAGAGAGCGCAUUCACGGUUGGCGCAGGCACCGGUCCUUGAGAACGGAGCGUUGUGCACGGCGGCAGCAUGGCUUCGUCUCACGGGAGAAGCGACAUGCGGUUUGCAGACUGGAUGGCAAGUUUACCUCAGAGCAUGCACAGUACUCCGCUCACCAACCUGGCUAUCCCCGGUUCCCAUGAUUCCUUCAGUUUUUACAUCGACGAGGCGUCUCCAGUUGGCCCCGAGCAGCCGGAAACGGUGCAGAACUUUGUUUCUGUUUUUGGGACGGUGGCUAAGAAACUAAUGAGGAAGUGGUUAGCUACACAGACUAUGAACUUCACCAGCCAGCUGGAGGCUGGGAUCCGCUUCUUCGACCUGCGCAUCUCCACCAAGCCCCGCGACCCCGACAACGAAUUGUUCUUCGCCCACGGGCUCUUCAGUGCCACGGUCAGAGAAGGUCUUGAGCAGAUCAGCAGUUUCCUGUCAGCUCAUGCAAGAGAGGUUGUGUUCCUGGACUUCAACCACUUUUAUGGCGUGCAGAACCUGCACCAUGAAAAACUGGUGGCCAUGUUAAAAGAGGUGUUUGGAGACAAACUCUGCCCAGUCGUCUUCGCUCAGGAGGUGUCUCUGCAAUAUCUGUGGGAGAAGGAGUACCAGGUGCUUGUCUUCUACCACCACCCCAUGGCCCUUGAAGUGCCCUUCCUGUGGCCAGGGCAGAUGAUGCCCUCUCCCUGGGCCAACACCACCGACCCAGAGAAGCUGGUUCAGUUUCUCCAGGCAUCUGUCACUGACCGCAGGAGGAAGGGGACCUUCUUUGUCUCCCAGGUGGUUCUAACACCGAAGGCCAGCACUGUGAUGAAGGGCGUGGCUAGCGGACUGAGAGAGACAAUCACUGAAAGGGCCUUACCAGGCAUGAUGCAGUGGAUCAGAUCGCAGAGACCCGGGGAAAGCGGCAUCAACAUUAUCAUAGCUGACUUUGUGGAGCUCGGGGAAUUCAUCAGUGCCGUCAUCACCCUCAACUAUCACAUGGACGAUGAUGAAGAUGACGCCACCUGAGAGCCCACAGGGGGCGUCAAGGAGCACAGUCACCACCACUACUGCUAGAGGCUUGGUCUGUGCUCUUACUCUUUUCUCUUUGGCAUUUAUUUCAGGAGAGGAGCUGCUCUGCUCUUUUUACCUUAUUUAGGCCUAUAGUGAAUUGAGAGCUUAAAAGGCAAAAAAGUGUUUAGGUAACAGAAGUUGGGAUUGGGAGAAACAACACUAGUGUUUGGUUGGAGCACACAGAGAACGAGGUUUUGUUUUGUUUCCUAUGUUGGGGAUCAAAAUAGUUAAUUCAAGUGAGAUGUUAAUUUUCUUUAUUUCCUGUGCUGUAGACAUAACUCCUUUGUCCAUUGAUCAAAUUAACUGUUUUUACGUAUCACUUCACCAAGGGUAGAUUUCUCACAGCAUAUCAACUUUCUGCUAAAUGUAUUCGUGCAUAGUUUUUUUGUACUCUAGUGACAGUUUUUUUUCAGAGAUUCUUUUAAAAUAAGUCUGUGUAACUUAAACCGCUCAAAUUGUAGCUUGCUGUUCGUCAAAAUCUGUCCAAGUGAUGUUUUUUUAUUUAUUUACAAUAUGCAUCCCUGGUCAGAUCACUGGGGGUUGUUUCUGAAAAACGCCUUGAGCAGAAUGUGUUUAGAAAGUGUUAUUACAAUGUGUUCACCCAAUACAUGAGAAGAAGAUGAACCAUUUUCCAUAUGUUUCCUCAGCAGUUAUCUCUCUAGGGGCUUUCUCCCAGUAAUAAUCUCCUCUGAAGUCAGCUUGCAGACAUUGAUUAGACAUCUUUGUAAAUCUUUGUGAUUCACUCAUUUAAAAGCAUAGAGAAAUAGAGAGCAAGAGUUCAGCUUGGCUAGCAGAGAAAAAUGUACCAUUCACGCCAUGUGUACUUUAUCUUUGGUGCAUCUAAACUAAACAAUAGUUUUAACAAUGUCAGUGUGUUUCAAAUUUCAAGACCAUCAUCGGCUGUCGUUGCAAGGUACUUACCAAAAAAAAUAAUUUCUUUAAGACAGCUAGAAAUGUAAUCAAUGCUACUAGUCAUUUCUAAUGGUUAGGGAUCAAACGUGACAAAUGUAUUGGAUUUUGUGGUGGGUGCUGAUUCGUGAUAGCCAAGUAUAAAAAUACAUCUGGGUACAAGAGUGUAUCUACUAUCUGUCUGUGCGACUAUACUUACUGCUGUAGUUCAAUAUAUAUAUAUAUAUAUAUAUAUAUAUAUAUAUAUAUAUAUAUAUAUAUAUAUAUAUAUAUAUAUAUAUAU